CUGGUGCAAUGCUCUAUCAAAAACUAUAAAAUGCUGUCACGUGCAAAUUUCCUAAAAUAGUGACACAGUUGCCCGGAAAGUUAGUAAUUUGCCUGUUAAUAUAAGUGUGUGUGUGCGUGUGUGCGUGUGUAUGUGUUAGAGAGAGAGAGAGAAAGAGACACGCGUACUUUACCCUUAGUUGACCAGUUUCCAUUGUUUUUCUUUCAGAUUGAUGUUGUGAGUAGCAUAACAAGUGUCCAGCGCCCGACGGUCCAAUUCGCCAUGACACUCAGCUUGCGUCUCGACCUUUUCGCUGGUGUCUCUCUUGCAAAUGUGCAAGGAGACCCCCUGCAGCAAGUUCCAUGCAGAUUCCACAAGGCCGCCUGGUUUUCCGAUCUGUGCGAAAGCCAGCUGUUCGGACGGCUGGCCACCGGUGCCUCGAUAUACUACAUCGGUGGGACUGGCUGCGCUUUCGCCGAGGGCAACGAUACAACCAAUACAGUGAUAUCCUUCGAAACGCCUCGCACAAUAAGGCACAAGAUGGUGGAGACAUACCGCAAGAUAGGCUACGACCGGACCGAUAAAUACGUGAUCAACUGGGUGGUAUACAACAUGACGUAUGGUCUGGCUCCAGAUGUCUGCAACGGCGCACACCAUCGUAUCUUAGAGAUCCGCAAAAUAAUCGACGAGAACAAGUGAUACCUGGGUCAAGAAUUGACGAACUCACCCACGCGCUUGCAUAAGAUCCAGUUCUCCACUACAUAUCCAAAAUCAUGCUGAAUAUCGCGCCUUCACUUUCUAAGAAAAAAAGCUUUUUAUCUUGUACUUGCACCCCUAUUUCGUAGCGUAGAGGAGUUGGCUUAAAUAUUCGCCAUGUUUGGUCUCUUUUUCGAUUAAUUCAGAUCAAAAAUGACCGACUGGUUUCUUUUGACCUGCGCCGAGUGCCUUUUGUUUUAAUUAGUUCACUGAAAGGAUAAACACGUACAAUGAUUUGCAAUAAUACAAGCUGCUCACAGACCUAAUUGUUUUUAUUCCUAAAGCUUGAGUAUUGUAUAGCAAAACGCGUUGAUUGUUCAGAUUUUCUCACAUGGUAGUUCCUAUAGGACGUAUCCUAAUAACUACAACGAUUCAGACUUCAUAAAUGUUUAGUCGACCACACGGUUUUUUUAUGUUCAUAUUGCCUGGUGUAAGCACUAUCAUGCAUUAUUAACAAAACAAGUCGUGUGUUCCGUCGCCCACCGCUGCAUUGCGCGCGACCUUAAACGGCGCGCUUUUUCCCCUCUUUCCACUCUUGUGCGCGCGAGAUCGAGCCACCAUCGUUGGCUCAGCCUCGCACACUUUAACUCACACACACAGCAUACGGCGCACGGUGACGAUGUUGUGGUCCUUGGACUUUAUAGAGAACGCCGCGACACCGAAGGCGGCCUCAGAAAUGCGCCUAGUGUGUCGUCAUAACUGCUAUCGCAAUAAAAAAGUAAAUGUACAAUAGCCAAGAUUCUGCCUAUCCAAUAUGACUUUAGAUGCGCCAUUGUUAUUUUUGCCAUCUUUCGAUUUCGCAUUUGUUGCUUCUUUCUUGCACGGUGCUAAAAAUGGUGUCUAGCGUUUUAUGGCAUGCUGUCUGAUUAUCGCGUAGUGUCCC